AUGUCAACCUCACCCGCCGCCGCGGCGCCCACGCCGCGCUUCUCCAAGGGCUCCGAUGAGCCUUCCCUCUCCUCGACGCUCGAGACGCUGCUGGGACAGGGACGGGGCUGGGCGCUGGUCAAUGACGGUGAGGCUGUCGAGCGGAGCUUCAAGUUCAAGAACUUUGCAAAGACGUGGGAUUUCAUGACGGCCGUGAGCUUGCAAUGUAAAAUCCACAACCAUCACCCAGAGUGGUCAAACGUCUACAACACAACUUUUAUCCGGUGGACGACACAUAACCCCAAGGGCCUGUCGGACAAGGACCUCAAGCUCGCUCUCAUCUGCGAUGCGCUGGCCAAGGACUUUGGCGAGGUCGAGGUGCCGGCUUCCGAGGCCACCGCCGGCGGCGGAGAGGCUGUCGGCUGCGGUAUCCGGGGCCUGGCUGAUAAGGCGGCGGGUACGGCUGGAGACUGUUGUACGCCGAAGAAGUAG